AUGUCCUACGAAAUCAUCUCCAACCCCUCCGUCUCCCCCCAAACAACCUCCCGCAUCCUCUCCUUCCUCUCCGCCUUCUACCAGACCAGUGACACCGAGUCCGCACACGACAGAUACGUCUCCUCGUUCACCGACGAUGCGACUCUGAUUAUGGGCUCGAAGAAGGCUGUUGGACGUGACGAGAUUCGAACGCUCCGCCACGGCCUCUGGACACACGUUGCGUCGCGGAAACACGCGCCUACGAAGGUGUUUUUCGGGGGCGAGGAUGAGGUUAUGUUGUAUGGGACGGUGCAGUAUGUGCUGCGGGCUGAUGCGGAGAAGAAUGAGGUUGAGGUGCCGUGGGCGGGGAGAGUUGUUUUUGCAAUUGACGGGGAAGAGGUGAGGAUGAAGUUUUAUCAGGUUUAUUUGGAUCCUUCGGCGCAAUCGGGGAAGAAAUAA